GACAAUAAGACAAUCUGAAAAUAAUGUGUUUUUAUCUAAUGAGUCAUUAAAUAAGCUGUAUUCUCACAGAAAUAACAUAAAAUCAAAUCAAGUGCUGGGAAAACCAGCAUAAGAAAUGAUUUGGGUCGUGUUAGUAAUCCUGGGUGUCGGUUUGACCAGGGGCCAGUUUUGGCCAGGGGGUUUUAAUCCAUUCCGCAUGUUGGAUGGGGACUUUGGGCCUUUUGAUCCACAUGGAAUCAUGCAAAGAAUGAGGACAACUGAUCUUAACAACCUUCCUCCGGGAACAAAGAAAGUAUUCAAAGACAGAAAUGGAGAGGGGGCUUAUAUCUAGGAGUCCAAGCGGAAACUCCGGUGGAUUUGUCUUCAGUAGCGGGGGAGGCAGAGGCUUCUCCAUGGGUAGUGGAUUUGAUGGUAGAGCCCCUGACACAGGGUUUGUGAUGACGUCAGGUACUGGGUCACGCCCCCAUAUCUACGAAUUUGGACCCGGUCCAAAGGGUGAACGACGCUUCUUUAAAGAUGGAAACACACAGGGGACAUUUUUCAGAAGCGCCGAUGGAAAUUCUGAGGGUUUUACAUUUACCAGUGGUAAUGGACAAGGUUUUGCUAUGGGCGGGGCCAGUUCAGGAGUCGGCCCUGAGGGUUCCAUUGGAGGGGGCUCAUUCACCGGGGGAAGCUUUGUCGGAGCAGGUGCCCCCGAAGCUGGAAAUUUUGCGUUCAGUGGUUCCUCCGCUGGACGUAUACCAAAUAAGAAGGUAGUCUUUGUGGUCACAUCCAAGAAGGUUUCCAGAAAGAAUGCCAACUUUGACUGUGGUACCUCCUUCAGCAGUCUGGUCCAAGUUAACAAAGCUGCUGACAUGGCGUCUCUGAAGACUCUGGUUUCAGGAUACACCACAGAUGGAUUCUGGACCAGUCUCACAGAUCUUAGAUUUGACGGAACACAUACCUCAUCAGGAAUGUGGACCUGGGACGGCAACCAACCUCUGGCGAACAACACCAUAACUUGGGAACAUUACCCAACAAACAACCCAAAGGACACAUGUGGGGCCAUCAACAUCCAAGCCAAAAUGACCAACUGGCAGUGCACAAGAAAGAUGGGAUUCAUCUGCGAGCUGGAUCAAACACAAGACACUGGCUGUCCGUUUGGUUGGAUGAUAACUGACAAUUCCUGUUACUACUUCAGUAACUAUAGCGAUCCCACGCAGAUAUUGACCUGGAAUCAGGCCAAACAAUGGUGUGCUAGCAAGACCUUUUCCGGUGGUUUAACCGCCCAGCUGGUGACGCUGGAUAACCUUAACGAUGGUACAUAUAUUCUCGGUGAAAUGCCAGUUGUUGGAGCCACAGACAGAUUUUUCUGGACGGGUCUGACCAAACAGGCCACUGGUUGGGGCUGGUUUAACGGAGAUACGUAUUUACCACAAUAUGUAAACUGGGCAACAGAACCAGACCACAUCAACAAUAACGAAGACUGUGCAAUACUAAAAGUAGAUGGAACCUUUUCUGAUCAGGAUUGUAGUAAAAAGUUUAACUAUAUCUGUUACAAGGAAUCCAAAAGUGUACACACGGAAUAUUACAUGGGAUGUGGAGGAUGGGUGAGGGCCAACAACAAAUGCUACCAGUUUUAUGACAAACCUUGGUCCACAUAUACACAGGCCCGAUCUAAUUGUCAACAGCUUGGAGGCGACCUCCUUAAAAUUGACUCAAUAGAUGACAGGUAUUGGCUAGAACAACAGAUGGUUAUGAACGGUCAUUACUCUAUGUACUUCACUGGACUGAAUGAUCAGGCAAAAGAAGGUGACUAUAGGUGGGCUGAUGGCACUCCAUAUAACGUGUCUUUUGUAAACUGGAACCAGGAGCCCAAUGCAUGGAACGGAAACGAGGACUGCGCGGCGAUUACCGCAGAUUACAACUGGAACGAUGAAGACUGUACCAUAUCCUUCCAGUAUAUCUGCGAAUACCCAAAUCUUAAUCAAGGUGACUGUCCUCCUGGGUGGAAGCAGAGAAGUGAUAAUUAUGAAUGCUACUAUUUCUCUGCCGCAAAUGAUUCUAGAAACUGGUUUGAGGCGAAGACUAAAUGCUAUAGCAUGACAACAGAUGUCAACCAACCUUCUAAAUUAGUAGCCGUCAACGAUCAAGAAGAAAUGCAAUGGCUUCAAACCACAUUACCAACUGUACCUAUAGCUACUAGUGGACGAAGACAGUUCUGGACAGGACUGAAUGACAGGAAUGUAGAGGGCGUUUGGACCUACCCAGACAAGACCGACAAUCCACCCAAUAAUAUUGUCAUAAAUUGGCAUGGCGAGCCUGCAGAUCCUGAUGGUACAAAAGACUGCACCUGGUUAGGGUUUGGAGGAAGAUACAUUACUUUAAACUGUAACCAGAAAAUAGGCUUUAUCUGCUCCAAAUACGCUCAGGGUUUUGGUGGUGGUGCUGGGUAUAUUCGUCCAUCCAUCACGUUAAUCAUAAGUCUACUAUUAUCUUUUUUCACCUUUUGUCGAUGAUAGAACGAUUAGGUAAAAAACCUCUUCGCAUAUAAAUGCA